AUGUAUACUAGACCCUAUGGACAUGAUGUUGAUGGAACAGCACUUCAUGCGCCCCCUGCGGCUCUACUCCGAACUAGACGCCGAGAACAACAACAGCGCCCUCCUUCCGGCGGUGAUGCUGGAGAAAGCUCGCUCGCUGUGGCCUCCUCUGGUGGUACCCGCAAGACUUCCGCUUUGGGGACAGUGGCCCCCCGGCCUGUUACCCCCAAGACCACCUCAACUCACGUCACCCCCUUCCGGAUCCGGAUCUCCCAGGCCGGCGUCGCACCGCUACAGUCCUUACAGCGUCCAGGGCGUGUCUCCUGCGAGGAACUAGUCUUCUUAAAGGAAUCCUUUCGACUUCAACUUAAAGAUUUGGCAGGACUCGAGUCAGAGUCAAUGUAAAGGGUCCACGAUGAAUACCUUAAACCUACCUUACAGCAACCCACACAUCGAACUGACAAUAAUCUUCAUGAUGGUGGAGGAAUAGUUGGAGAGUGUAGAUAAUGUGGUUGAGAAAUUAGUUGGAGAUUGCAAUCACAAAAAAAAAACACAAAUAAUUUUUUUGAAGUGAGGAUUUCUUUAGUUUGGCGAUUCUUUGGAUAGUAAAUAAUGAAACUGAGGCUUCUCAUUGAUGUAACACUCAUUCGAGAAAAGUCAAGUAAUUGUUGCAUUUGGAUUAAAAUAUCUCA